AAACUUUCUUUUUCGAAAUAUGCUCUAAAACACUUGCAUAAUUUAUUAAUAUAUGUAACUACAACUCCGUCCAAACUAUCGCAACUGCGUGGCUAAGACUAACUAAACUAAAUUGGUAUGCCAGUAAAUUGAUCAAUUUUUACCAAAUCAUUCGCAAAGAAAGACUCGUCUAGCCUACAAACACUUUCUCUUAAACAAAGUUGUGUUUGUGACUAAAUAUGCUUGAUAAUUCAACAAUGUCUUGAUGAUUAAUAGAAGAGUGCUUGAGUGAGGUGAUUAUUAAGAAAAUAGUAAUCCGCUAAACCUUGUUUAUUGCCUAAUAAUAAUUAAACUUCCAGGUAAAUGAUUGUACCUAUUGCCAUAAUAUUUAAUUGGUGAAGAGGAUGGAUUUUGAUAUGUGAAUGAAAUAAAUGAUUUUGCAUGUAACUAAAAUAAAAAAUUAAAACAGAAACUCGACCACUCAAAAUUCCGUUUUUUAACUGGUAUAUACAUACAUACCUAACAGUGCCACUUCUAUAAGCUUCGAAAUAGAUUAAAGAAAUACGAAACUAAAAUGGCGAGCUAUGAGUUUGUGGAAGAAUUUGACAGUGACGAGGAAGUGACUUCUUUGAGUAGUGCUAGCAUAAACAAUGUUAAUGUUACUUCACCCUACAUUCGACAAGAUGCAUUGGGUCAAAAUUCCGAACAAUUUCAAACGUAUGCCCAAAGUGAUGGACAUUUCAUGAACGAUAAUCCAUGUUUCUCUGGAAGGUUACCGUUGUCGUCGGAAGAAUCCUUCAUACCCAAUCUUUGGCCGACUUCACCUCAAUAUCCAUUUUCCAAUUAUGUCAGUGCUGAGAGUGCAAGUGUCUCCGAAUUUCUAGUGCAAUCACCAAUUUUUUUAGUACCACCACCUCCUCCAAAUAGUUUUACUCAUGCAAAUGUAAAUGAGCAGCAAGUCCCCAAGCGUAAAAAGAAGAGGAAGCGUAUCAAGCUCGCAGACUUUCCCAUCCCCCUAAGAACCCAAGCUUGGGAAAAGUUUCAAGUGCUUUCCCAAAAGUUGGAUGAGUUGACAGCCAGUGGCAAAGAAGAUGAAGAAGAAACUCAUCAUCACCAACGGAUGAAAACCAUUCAGACCAUCGCAUCAAUCAAGAAGAACAUGUUUCAACACGGUUCAAUGCCAGUCUCUUGCCAAGAUGACUCAAAUAUCAGGAAGCUAAUCAAUAAAUUCAAAUCACAGCGUGCAAAAAGGACUCGGGAAAAGAGGGCAAAAUUGGAGAUAAAGUCAACUAGAAUAAAAAAGACAGAGGAAAUUGAUAAGUGGCAAAGGGAACAAAGGAAUAUUUAUGAUAAGCAACGUGAUUAUGAACUGUUGGUGGACCAAAGCAAAAAGUCCUUGGUCCACAUUCGACAAAAGAAGAAGCUUCUCCAAGAAAAGGCCAAACUGCUUUCUUCUCUGGAGAAAUUGAAAGAAGUGCGAAGCAAACAGUUGACUAACGUGAAAGCAGGAUUCUCCUCUGGUGAAAGUGCAAAAUCAAGAGGGAAUUUCCUGGACGGAAUAUCUUGUCUAAAAAAGCAGGUGGAAAUGGGAUUGGAAAACUUGACCAGAGAAGAAAUUGGCGUGAUGGAAGAUGCACAAAGUUCUAGAAAAAUAACAGUUGAGUCGCAACAAGAAAAAGCAAAAAAUGAGAUGAGACGAGAGAGAAAGUGGCAAAAGUAUUUAUGGAAAAAGAGAUUUGCUCAAGUGUAAUGUUGUUUGGUGUCCAGUUUUCAUCAUAGAUAUUUAAAUAUAGGGACAUUAUAUUAUGUAGAUUUAUUGCAUAUUUUUUGUGGCGCUGUCUCAUUAACAUAAAAUUACAGUUUAUUUUUUGCCUGCUCCCAUGAUGGACAGAACAUUUUUGGCUUGCUUUUCAUCAGCCAAGGUGAGCGUUUUGGGCCCGGUGACAGACUCGGGGUCCCUCACGAGUGACAAGAGUUUGGUCAUUUUGUUGAUUUCAAAUGUGACUCUGGGUUCUCCAUCCACAAUGUGGCCUUUGGGGUCCCUCUGUAACGAGAAUAAAACAACUUUAUCCAUAUUUAAUCGUAUUGUUAACGCGGAGUGCUUUCACUCCUACACUUAUGUGCAUUUGUCUGUAUAUUGUGUUAUAUUAUACUGGAUUAUAUAUUAUAUUUCGUUUUCUAUAUAAAUUUAUUUGAUCCUUAAUAAAUAAACAUCAUGUAACAUUG